AGUAUAAACGCUGAAUAGGUAACGUUAUGGCGUUUUAAUUGUUAUAAAUUUACGCUGGGUCUUUGAAUAUAAAAUUUAUAUUCAAAGGCUGGGUGUACUACUCGUUUUAAUUGUGCUAUUGAUUACAAUACGGUCGGAUCUAAAUACAGAUCUACGCGCGAUCAUGGCAUCCACCGGCAAACAUUUCGACUCUAACUGCAUGACAUUGACAAGAUUUGUAUUGGCAGAACAGAAAAAACAUCCCGAAGCAACAGGAGAUUUAACACAGCUUUUAACUGCGUUACAAACGGCAGUUAAAGUGGUCAGUUGUGCAGUUAGAAAAGCAGGAAUAACGCAAUUAUUUGGAACAGUGGGCGAGCAAAAUGUACAAGGAGAGGAAGUUAAAAAACUGGACGUGUUGGCCAAUGACCUGUUUAUUAAUAUGCUAAAGUCUUCAUUUACAACAUGUGCUCUUAUCUCUGAGGAAAAUGAGAAUAUCAUUGAGGUUGAGACAGAAAAACAGGGCAAAUACAUAGUCACUUUUGAUCCACUAGAUGGAUCUUCAAAUAUUGAUUGCUUGGUGUCCAUAGGAUCUAUAUUUGCCAUUUUUAAAAAAGAAGGAACGCAUCAGCCCACACUAAAGGAUGUUCUACAGCCGGGAAAUAAGGUUGUGGCCGCUGGAUACGCUUUGUAUGGUAGUGCCACGAUGAUGGUGUUAUCAUUGGGAGGUGGUAGCGUUAACGGUUUCAUGUUGGACCCGUCAAUUGGAGAAUUUAUACUUAGUGAUAAAGACAUGCGUAUUCCUAGUAGAGGUCAAAUAUACUCAAUCAAUGAAGGAUACGCGUACGACUGGGACCCGUCUGUAAGGGAAUAUAUCGAAUCAAAGAAAAAUCCCAGCAAAGGUAAACCAUACGGCGCGAGAUACGUCGGGUCUAUGGUUGCGGAUGUUCACCGAACUAUUAAAUAUGGCGGUAUUUUCAUAUAUCCUGCUACAACUUCUUCUCCAAAGGGAAAGUUACGCCUGCUUUAUGAAUGUAUCCCUAUGGCAUAUUUAAUAUCAAAUGCCGGUGGAUUAGCGUCAAAUGGCAAAAUUCCAAUUUUAGACGUACAACCGGAAAAUAUUCAUCAACGCAGCCCGAUAUUCCUAGGAUCAAAACUUGACGUAGAAGAUGUUCUUGAUGUUAUCAAGAAACAUUCCAAAUAAUACAUAAAUGUUAAUAAAGAUACAUGAUAACUUUUA